AUGGCGCUGCGCAAGCGGACUGGAGUAUGUGUCCAGGCCGUGUUUCUAGGGAUUAUGGUCGCGUGGCAAAGUUACCGACUCUUCCAGCAAGAGCUCAUUGCACCGAGCCAUGUCUAUGAUGUAGAGCGAACGACGGAUCCAAAGGCCAUUGCACAGUGGCCUUACCUCGUGGCCUCCACGAUUUUCCUAAUGGAGUUCAUGACCUGCUUCCUGCUGAUCUUGCUGCUGCGUCUGAUGCUCCACUUCAAAGACCCCGGCAGCGGGGAAGUCCUGUUCUUGGGACGACUUCGGGAGGUGGCUGAAAUGUUAGCCUUCAUCUCCUUCUUCUCUGGCGUGUACUACACCUACAAGGCCUGCCACAGUGCAGAGCAGCCGCGACACAUGGGAGCUGGCUCCUUCUUUGCGGGACAGAAAGAAUACAGACAAGGAGCGCACAUGCUGCUGUGGACGAUGUUGGCGCCGCAGCAGUGGGUGAUGCAUGCUCGGCUCUACACAAAAAGCUCCGCUCUCGAGUCUGCGCAGCUCCUUCUGUCUACGGCCUUCGUCAUGGUCUUCGGCAUGGCUGCCGUGCAGACGGACAUGUCGCGAGAGGGUGGGUGGAUCGGCCCUCACUGGGAAGUCCGUUUCUGGUUUACUCUCUCCUUCCUGUGCCUGCUCGCCACGCUGAAGAGAGCCUACCAGCUUCCCAUGGAGCCAGUCACAGCAAAGGCAGGCAUGUUUUACCUCAAGGUGAAGUUUUUCUUCUGGUUGGGCUACCCCGCGAUCUACCUCCUUCGGUCGUUCAACAUUGUCAGCGCCUGGCAAGAAGAGGUCCUGCUCCUAACUUUCCUGGACUUGAUCACCAAGUGCCUGUCUUUGAUCGCCAGCUGCACGGGACCCUUGUUCACGCUCUUCGUCAGUACUUGGGGUCACUGGCACGUCUCAGGCGGAUCCCAUGACAUCCGCGUGAGGGUGCGAGACCCGUCCUGGGCGGUUCAGUCCGUGGAGAUGGACUCCUCUCCAGACGAAGGGGCCGCAGGUUCGGGCACAGAGCUGCUGGCCGUCGCGCUGAUAUCUCUGUCUCUUUGUCUCGAGGCCCUUGCGGCCCUGCGUCGGCGUCGUAGUCGAGCAGCCUCGACGAGCUCGCCGGAAGGCAGGGAACUGAUGAACACCCACUUUGCGCGAGUGGCCUCGCGACUUUGGAUGGUGGCCCCCGCGAUCUUAGUUAUGGCAACCCUCACGGCCUGUGCCCCUGGUGCUGUCCACUGGCUCAGCAUCCUCCCACGAACUUGGCAGGGGCUGCCGGGCGUACUUUUUGCAUGCUUAGUUCAUUCCUCGUGGCACCACUUCGUCUGGAAUGCCGUUGCUUUAGCCUUGCUGGCUGCGUGCACACUCUGUGUUGGGGUUGUCAACUUGCCAGCAGCCUCUGCGUUCAUCGCCGUUAGCAGCGGCUUUUGUGCCGCCGGGCACCUUUUUAUUGCGAAUCUUGCGAACUAG